AUGGAGAGACCGGUAAAGGAUGGGAUCCUCUAUGUGCAGCACUGCAAAUUUGGAAAGAGGUCCUGGAGGAAGAUGCGAGCCCAGCUCUUCGCCGCCAGCCCCUUUGGUGUUGCCCGCAUGGAGAAGUUCGACGUGCGGGAUGAUGGCACGGUGCUGGAGAAGUCCUCUCUGCGGCGAUCUGGUCGCCGGGUGAUCCGCCUCUCAGACUGCGUCUCCGUGGGCCCAGCAGGCACCGAAAGCUGCCCCAAAGCCACCGCUGCCUUUUACCUCACCACCAUGGAGAAGAGCUACGUGCUGGCAGCCGAGCAGCGGGAUGAGUGGAUCGCCCAGCUCUGCCAGCUGGCCUUCCAGGGUACAAAGGAGACAGCGCAGAGCAGUGCCAGGACUCAGCCCAGCCUGGCUGUCCCCAUGGAGGAGAACUCCCUUUACUCCUCCUGGCAGGACUUGACUGAAUUCCCAGUGCUGGUGGUCCAGACGGACGCAGCUGACCGCUGUGGUCUGCACGGGCACUACCUGCUCUCGGCCCUUUCCCAGAGCCUGACGCUGAAGGACCCGCAGUCCCGCCAGCCCCUGCUCACCUGGCCCUACCUCUUCCUCCGCAAGUUUGGCCAGGAUCAGAACAUCUUCUCCUUCGAGGCCGGCCGCCGCAGU